AUGAGAGCGCAGAAAUUCUGCGGCGAGCGUAGAAAAGCUACUGGCCGCAGAAAUGAUAGACCGCAAGGUCGCCGUAGGAAAUUUGACUGGGGUGAUUACACCCAUAAUUUCAACAGAGGGUAUUUAUUCAAUGUUGGAUACAGAGAAGCGCUUAAAUUGACGGACAACACGACUGAUGGUCUUUGCGUGAUACGACAUGACAUUGACCUACUCUUGGAGGAUGAUCGACUGAUUUAUGAGUGUUCACGAGAUCCAACCCACUUCUCUGUUGGCGUGGAUACGUUGCAAUACAGACUGUCUUAUGACUUGCUUUUUGGCGGAGUAGUUGCUAUUCUUGGAGAGCAGUUCAAUGAAGUAAAUGGCUUUAGUAAUAUUUACUUCGGUUGGGGCGGAGAAGAUGAUGACUUUAGGGCACGAUUAUUUGAAUUUGGAUUCAUUCCUGUGCACCAUAAAAAUGUUUCUUGGGCUCGUUAUUCAAUGCUGACCCAUAAACAUGCAGACGAAACUCAGAAUAAUGUUAGGCAUGAUUUGUUAAGAAAUGGAUACCAAAGAUACAAUUGCGAUGGCCUCAGUUCGACCAUGUAUACGGUGACCAACACAGAAUUUAAGAAACACAAUAUUUUCAUAAGGAUAAACACACCUGUUGAUCUCAAAAUGUCUACUAUUUGCAUGAACUGUUUUUACAAGGACCCGAGCAUUGAUAUUUGCAAUAAAGUCCAGCCAAAGUAUGAAGAAAAUAAGGCUAACGUAAAACAAAAUAUAAUGUUUUUCCCAUUCGGUUUAAUGUGUAUUGCUCAAAUUGCACAUUGUACUAAUUAG